AUGGAAUCAAACAAAACAAACUCCGAUGUGUUGAGCGGCGAAACUUCAAACCUUCUGAACACUGAUCUCAUAGACACAGGUGCAGCAAGCACUCCUUCCACUACAAAUUAUGUGAACGUCACCUGGACGACAGGUUUUAACGUAUGGAAAGCAGGCGACGACGUUGAAGAUGACUCACCUGGCGGCGUCAACGAGACCGAGAAGAGCAUCAUGGUUGACGACACCGCUUUGUGGAUCCCGGUUUCAAAUUCGGUCAACACAUCCUCAGAGAACGGUACAACAACCAGCGUGGAAUCUACAUCAGAGCAAGACCACAACGCGUCAUACCUGGCAGUACCACAACCGACGACAACUACGACAUCCACCGAUUCAAAUGUAACGCCUACAAAACCAACUCUCUCUCAUCUAUCGUCAAGCGUAAAGGAAUUUUUUAAACGAAUAAUUAAAAUGUUUCCCCCUUGGUCACUCAUUACCGGCUGCAUUCUUGGCGUAUUCCUCGUACUGGCUUGCAUAAUUUUAAUGGCGGUGGCCUGUAAGCGAAGUCACAGCGGUCGAAACUGUGGCAGCUACAUCGUCGAUCAGAAUAUGUCCUCGCGAACGUUCUGCGCUGGAAAGUGCACUGGCAGCCUCUGCCCGUCGUCGAAACCUCAGCAGCAUUCAGGCGACAACAGGAAUGGACUGAUCAGUAAUAAAACAAUCAACAAUAAUGCCAUCUCGGAUAAACAUUCUUGCAUCGAUUCCGAAACUAUUCACUUGUCGGAUAGAAAAUUCGACUCACACUGCAGCAAACCCGAGCACUUGACUUCUCGACAAAGACGGUCGAAAACUUAUCCGAGAUCCUUCAUCAGCUGGUGUCGAAAAAAUCACAACCGGACGGAAACAGUCCUUGAAAAAAAACAACUGUUCACAAAAGGCUGUUGCAGUAGCCUCAACAGCUACGACGGUCGUCUCGACGUCGCAGAUAGUAACAACUUCUCCGAAUCAUUAGAACAAUGUUACUGCAAUGAUUGCAGGACGGAGAAAGAACUGCCAAGCAGCAAUAUAAAUGUCAGAAACGGUCUCACAAGUGCUUCAAAAAGAUUCGGUACCCUCAAACCACCUCCUCCCCCACAAAUGACGUCACAUUAUGAAGCCUCGAAUAGCGAUUUUAGCAACAGUCCGUCCAGGCCAAACGCAGGUGAAUCUUCGUCGCUGGUAGCAGUCAGCGAUUACUACGACUCGCCGCUGGCCAGCGUCGACUCGACCAAAGUUUCAGUAACGUUGCCGAGGUUCAACGUUAAAAAUGCACAUCUCUGUAGGACGGAUCGGACGGGCAAGAGGAGGAAAACGGUUUUCGGGAAGAAUAAUAGAAAAGAUAAGCACAAACUCUCUUCAGCGGCCGUGCAUUUCAACAGAGAGUGCAAACGACCAAUGAAACGUUUAGGUAAAAUUUUGUACAAAACUAUCGAAUUCUCGAAAAUUCCAUUCACUCACACUCAACAACUUGAAAACAUAGCAGCGCGAUCAACUCUUUUCAAGCAGUGUUAA